CUCUUUACACAGAGAGGAUGUUUAUGUAGCAAAGACAUGAAAAUGUGGAUUUUGCAUAAUAGGUGACCUUUAAUUGAACACAUUAAGGAGAAAUGUUUGCAUUUUUUUUUUACCAUUAGGGCACAGGAGAAUCUUAUCUUGUGAAGUUUUAAACAUUGGUCCCUAAGAUGAAGUAGAAAUGCAGAACCUGGUUUACAUUUUGUAGCUUAAUGUUGCAUAUUACCAAACUCAUUUGCAAUAAAUAAGAGUACAACUCAUUUUGCAUCAUAGCAACAUAAAAAAGAAGAGAGAGGGAAAAAACAAUGUAAUUAUUUGUCUUACAUCAGACACAGAAGUAAAGUAUAUUCAAUGAGGCAAAAGCACUCACGAGGUUCAUCAUUAGGGGAUGACAGAUAACAUGCAAUGAUACAUGCUGGUGCUCAGUGGAUAUCACGCAUGCUCAGACGUUAUGAUUAGCCCUCCCUCCUCUCCCCCCUUUCUCUCCAUUUCUCUUUCUUGAUCAAGCUGAGGAGGAGCAUCUGUAUCAGUGCUCAGAGCGUGAUGGACGAGCAGCAGGAUGCCAUAAAACACACGUCUCCCCCCCGCAGAGAGCAGAGAGCAGUGAGCUGGCCGGCCUGAGGCGUGUCGCGGUGCCCUUGAGGAGACUAUCGAUUGUCGCAGGAGAAAGAGGAGGGGAGCAGCAGAGGAAGGAGAAGAACAUAUGGCCAAUAAUGGGUGAUGGAGCUUUGGAGAUGCUCGGUAAAUGACUGAGACUGACCGAGAGUGAAGUUCAACCUUCCGCUCGAAAGCAGGUGCCUGCCGUCACUGCACCUUUGAAAAUGGAGUCCACUCACCUCCUGAACACCUCCAAGAAGAGAGUAAAGAUCCACCCUCACACCGUCACUGCCAAAUACGCCACGCAGGCCCCUUACUCCUCUCAACCCGGAGUACACACACACUUCCCUCAACCGGGGGACGAGGGCUACGAUGAUGCUCCGUCUUUCGAGGACUUUGGCUCCUUCCUGGAGGAGACGUCAGACAAGAAGCAGCUGACGGAGAGCAGGAAGUGGCGUCUGACUUUGUUCGGCUCCAAAGAAAAGGACACGGCUAACAAGCUUCAAACUCUCGGGGGAGCAGAGGGGAGUGAGGGGGGAGCCAGAGCAGCAAAGGCUUCUGGGAAAGGAGUAGGGGAGCAGCUGGCCAGUUUCGGGGAGGCGUCUGUGUCUGCGUCCCGGCUCACCUGGGUGGGACUGCUAGGUGCGGCGCUGGCUCACGGAUGUUUGAUUGUUCUGACCCGCCUGGCCUCCGAACGCUUCAGCCUCGGUCCCCUGUUUCUGCUUUUGGUUAGAUCCAUCGUGCAGCUGGUCUCAGUGGCGGUCCCGCUGCACAGGGGGGAGAACCCGUUCGGACCACAGGGCUACCAUCUCCGCCUGCUGUGUUACGGCGUGGCCUACUCUCUCUCCCUCUGCUGCGCCUACGCCUCCCUCACCUUCGUUUCUCCCGGAGACGGCACCACGACCUGGCGCCUGGCGACCACGGCGCUGUCGGCGAUCCUGGCCUUCCUGCUCUUGGAGGAGAGGCUGGGAUUGGCUGAUGGGAUCACCAUAGCGGCAGGACUCUGUGGUUUGGGGCUAGUCUUACUUCCCACGGCAGACGAGAGCAAUUCAGAUUCACAGACUGACCCGGUGAAGUUCUGGCGGGGUGCGUUCGGAUGGUCUCUCUCGGCUCUUGCGGGGCUGUGGAUGGCUCUGGCUCUGGUGGGUUACCGCUCCCUGAAGGAGAGGGUGGGCGUGGGCACAGCUCUGUUCACAGUGAGCUGGACAGGCUGCCUGCUCGCCCCGGCCUCCUUGUUUCUGCUUCAGGAGGGCUGGUCCUGGCCCAUGAGUGCUGAAGCCUGGGGCCUGGUGCUGGGCCUGGCUGCCUGCUCGGUCGCAGCCUUCCUGGGGAUGACGCACGCCCUCACCCGGCUCCACCCGGCGCUGGUGUCCGCCUCUCAAAGUCUGGAGGUACCUGUGGCCAUGCUGCUGCAUCUGGCCAUGCUGCCUUUGGCUCCCACCGCGCCGGAGGUGGUCGGGAACGUGAUGGUCAUCCUCAGCGUCGGUUGGCUGGUGGCGAUAAAGCUGCUCCCGGCUCGUGGGGGAGGGCGGCGUCAAAGGGAGGAGUAUGAGGAGAUUCUGGACUCACCCAUCAAAUAGACAUCUCUUCUCACCUAUCCACAACUCCUCCUGGUCUUCCCCCUCCUUCAUGAGAUUCAAUCAAGUGUAAAUAAGAGACUGCUAAAUGUUUAUUGGAGCUUAUUCUAUUUUGUAUUGUCCUCGUUGCUUUUGAGAAAGUGCCAAUAUUGUGUUGUGUGUUAUAGUGACUAUGUGACGUGAAAUUAAAACUCUCUGAUGAACACAAUGCACUUUGCCAUCAGUCCGUCACCUCCCGAUGAGA